CCCGGUUUCUACCUGAGGAUUUCCUUUUUGUACUCACUGCUCUAUAGCUACUUGCCGCUAUCUUAACUUCGAUUAAUAUUAUUUAACAGAUCAAAAUCGCCACUAGAUGGCUUGAGGUAUCAGAAGAAAUCCGCUCGCCCAAAUGUAUCACUUUUCUUUUUUUAAAGGCUGGCAAGCAUAACUUAGCUAGGGACAUUGUGCAUCAUAACAGGGAAGCGCUUACAUUCAGAUCUGUGUAGAAAAUUGCUACUGGGAGCUAUAGCUUCAGUUUAAAAUCAGUAUCUGGAUGUGGAAGAGGAGACCUGUGCCCGCUUUGCUCCUUGCUAUUUGCCCUGACCAUGGCUGCCAGAAGGGUACAACAGAAGAAUGGUUCUGGGCUUGCACAGCCAGCAAGAAAGACUAAAUGUAAUUUUGGCUGUAGAAACAUUAUCCCAUCCCCGCCGAAGUUGAGGCUUGUGGAUAACAGUGAAUGUGAUGUGUCUAUGAAUUCUGAUCCACAGCCAGCUGAAUCGUUGCUAUAUCCUGUCUCUGUUAAACUAGAACCUUUAGACUUUUCCCUGCAUGAUUUGCCCUCAAACGCAUCUUCAGUUGUUUAUGAUGGUCAUAAGACAAAGCUUGAUCUUUGGGACUUGAAAUCUGAGAUCAAGGUAGAACUGUCUAGUGAUGAACAUCUAACUUUUGAGGUUGCGGAGAUGAUUGUGGACCCGUUUAAAGACUGUGCCAGCGCUGAAGUUAAACCCGAAAAUGGGCAAGUUACCAAGCAUGCAAUCAUAGAGGAGAGCCUGCAGCAUCUGACACCACAAACAAGAGAAGAUCUGGUUCUGUCUGAGCCAGAGAAGUCAAAUCAGGAAGGCCGUUUUUGCCAUGUCCUAAAAUAUGGAGACAGAACUGAACAGACCCCCCAUCUUGGGACCGGCAAAACUGGUAAAGCACAUACUAAAUUGAAAGCGCAGAAUGAACACCUCUGUUCACUUUGUGGCAACGAGUAUGCAAGCGCAAGAAAUCUGCACAUUCACAUGCGAAUACACACUGGAGAGAAGCCCUAUGUCUGUGACACCUGUGGGAAGGCGUUUUCCCGUUCCGACAGACUGGCAAGCCACACGAGGAUCCACACCAGUCAGAAAAGGCCGGCUAAACCACGUCGGUUUGCCUGCAGCCAGUGUGAGAGGACUUUUGCUCUCGCUUGUGACCUGAAAGACCACAUGCGACGACACAGGCAGGAGCGCCUGCACGCCUGCCCUGUGUGCGAGAAACGCUUCUUUGAUGCUCGUGACCGAAACAGGCAUGUUGAGAUCCACUCGGACCUGAAGCGUUUCGUUUGCACAGAGUGCGGGAACAGCUUCCGUCGCCGGAACACACUAGAGAAACACCAGCGUAUCCACACAGGCGAGCGGCCAUACGACUGCCCAGAGUGUGGGAAAGCCUUACGAUAUAAAUACUCUUUAGCCAUGCACAUGAAGACCCAUAGAAAAUGAGGGACAGAGGGACUGGAUCAGAAAGGACAGGAUGAGAUGUGUUUUAUUUUAUUUGUAAAAGAUGUUAAAUGCUAGGAUUUUGGCCAACCAAGAGGCUAUUUGAGGAAAGAUGUUUUAGAUCUUUGCAUCCUGUUUAUUUAGGUUAAAUUGGUCUGUUUGCCAUCUAUCUAAUUCAGUUGCCGUUAUGUGCAGUUAUUAACAAUUUUGGCUUUACAGGUGCACUGUGUAGGAUUUAGUGUCAUCUAGUGGUGAGGUUGCUGAAUUGCAACUAACUGAAUACCCCUCCCAUUCCAAGCAUGUAGGAGGUCCUCCCCAGACCUUCAGUGCUCAGGUGGGCUAUCUCCCUUUCUGUGUGGAGUUUGCAUGUUCUCCCCGUGUUUACAAGGGGUUUCCUCCACUAAAAAC